AUGGAGGCAAGCCUCGGCGGCUGCUGCCCUCACAGCCUGGUUGCAAAGUGGAUUUUGCUCUUCGCCACAACUUCCAUCCUGGCCAUAACAAAGGCGGAGGUGAGGUGCAUCCCAACAUGCCGGCUGCCUUUUAUCAAAUCUCCUCCGCGCAACCUCACGCCCACGGACUGGGUCGACAACGGCGAGGUAGCAGCAGAUGAAUUUACGAGAUUUACCGAGUCGCCAACUGGUCCCCCAGCCGGGACGGAUCACAACAUUGCGGGAUUUCCUGUGGCUGCAGAAAGUUCGCUUCGUCUGCAGCAACUGCUGGGCGACAACUCCAUCUGCGGCGGAGAGCACGCGUUUAACGGCGGGCGAAAACUUUCCCGUCCUGAAGUGUCCGGACCGAGCGUCUCGUCCACAGGGGUCCCUUCCCCACGCGUGGGUAACCUGACAGAGACAAGCAGCAGUUACAGGAGACGCCACAUCUUCCUUCACAGAAAAAACAAGGCGCACGUUGACGCGUUAAAGGGGAACAAGACCGGCGCGUUAAAGAAGCGGUGCCGAAAGCGAAAGCGCAGCGCUCCGGUGGCGCAGAGUAAAGGGACUUGGUCAGGAUUGCGGUGGGGCAGCGAGGACGUCUCGCCUUCAAGCCAACAGGAGGUUCAUCUCACAAGUUCGACCUUCGCACUAACCGGAGAUUCGGCUCAUAACCAAGCAAUGGUGCACUGGUCUGGCCAAAACAGCAGCGUGAUCCUCAUGCUGACAAAAUACUUUGACUUCAACACUGGCAGAGUAACUGAGAGUUCUCUAUGGAGGUCAACAGACUAUGGGACCACAUAUGAGAAACUCAAUGAAAAGGUUGGGCUAAAAACAAUACUGAGCUACCUGUAUGUGAGUCCAAACAACAAAAGAAAGAUCAUGUUACUGACCGACCCGGAGGUGGAGAGUAGUCUGCUCAUUAGCCUUGACGAGGGGGCUUCCUAUCAGAAACACAGCUUAGCCUUCGACAUCCUCAGCCUCCUCUUCCAUCCCGAGCAGGAGGACUGGAUCCUAGCUUACAGCCAUGACCAAAAGCUCUAUGUCUCUGUUGAAUUUGGGAGGCGAUGGCAACUCGUGCAUGACAGCGUUGUCCCUAACAGAUUCUACUGGUCCAGACUGGGUUUGGACAAAGAACAAGGAAUGAUCCACUUGGAGAUUAGUGUGUCUGAUGGACGGUCACAGUACAUAACUUGUAAGCUGCAGAACUGCUCUGAGACAAACAAGAGCAAGCCUUUCCCUGGGUUCAUCAUCCCCGACUCCCUGGUGGUUCAAGAUGAAUAUGUUUUCAUCCAGGUGCCAAUGAAUGGUCAAUCUGUCCAUUAUGUGUCCUAUAAAAGAAAUGCUUUCUACCCGAUGAAGCUUCCAAAGUAUGUCCUGCCAAAGGACUUGCAGAUAAUUAGUACAGAUGAUAACCAGGUGGUGGCAGCAGUACAAGACUGGCACCAGAACGAUUCCUACAACCUGUACAUGUCUGAGCCUGGAGGAAUCUUCUUCACCUUGGCCCUGGAGAAUGUUGUGAGCAGUGGGGGACCUGAGGGCAAUAUCAUGAUAGAACUCUAUGAGGUAGCUGGGAUUAAAGGGGUGUUCCUGUCAAAUAAAGUUGUUGAAAACCAAGUGAAAACUUUCAUCACGUACAACAAGGGGAGAGACUGGCAUCUGCUACAUGCUCCCAUCACCGACAUCCGGGGGAACCAGAUUUACUGUGAACAACCCUUCUGUUCAUUACAUCUACACCUUCACGUGUCAGAGAACCCUUAUACCUCCGGAAACAUAGUCAGCAAAGACUCAGCUCCAGGAAUUAUCAUAGCAUCAGGUGUAGUUGGGCCUGAAUUGACCAGCAAUAACGUCAGCAUAUUCAUCACAUCUGAUGCCGGGAACACUUGGAGAGAGGUCUUUGAGGAAGAGUACAGCGUGCUGUUCCUGAACCAGGGAGGGGCUCUGGUGGCCAUUCGACACACACCUCUGCCUGUCAGACACAUUUGGCUGAGUUUUGAUGAGGGCCAACACUGGGAGAAAUACAGCUUCACCUCUUCACCCAUUUAUGUUGAUGGAGUGCUUGGGGAGCCGGGCGAGGACACCCUAAUAAUGACAUUAUUUGGUCAUUUCAGUCACCGUUCAGAGUGGCAGCUGGUCAAAAUCGACUUCAGGUCCAUCUUCAAUAGACGGUGUAUGUCUGAAGACUACCGGACAUGGCAGUUACAUAAUGAAGGUGAAGCCUGCAUCAUGGGAGUAAAGAGAAUUUUUCAAAAACUAAAAGCAGAUGCCCGAUGUGUCAAAACCAGAGAUCAGCAUAUCUCCCAGAUGUCAGACCCCUGCCCGUGUACAGAGGCGGAUUUUGAAUGUGACUAUGGAUUUGAGAGGCAGAAUGAUGGGAGCUGUGGCCCAGCCUUCUGGUUUGUCUCAUCGACAGCAUCUAGGGAUUGCAUCACCGGGGAUAGUUUCCUCAACACGACAGGAUACCGCAAGGCAUUGUCAAAUAACUGCACUGCGGGAUCCCUAUUGAGGUAUAGCCCCAAGCAGCAGACAUGUCCCAGUCGGGCCCCCAGGGGCCUCCAGCUCCUCACCAGUGAAGGAAAUCGGGUGGCCACACUGGGAAAGAAUGUCACCUUCCUGGUUUUCCUAGAAGAGGGUCUCGGUUCCACCACAAGUGUAACGGUGGACUUUGGCGAUGGGACGUCUGUAUCAUAUGCUAACAUAAGCUCCAUCGAGGAUGGGGUCAAGCAUGUCUAUGAUAAAGUGGGUAUCUACCAAGUGUCUGCUACGGCCCGCAGCAGUCUGGGCUCUGCCUGGGUGUUCCUCUAUCUCCACGUUUCCUGUCCACUUGAACAGGUUCAUCUCAUAGCUCCCUCUGUGGCCACAAAGAACAAAGCAGUUAAUCUCACAACGGUGCUGCAUCCUAAUAGCGUGGGGACAGUCACCUAUUAUUGGUGGUUCGAUAACAAAACUGAGCCCAUUGUGACCUUGGAGGGACAGAUGUCCUUCAUGUUCUCCAAAGAGGGACGUCACACAGUAACUGUUCAGGCCUCAGUCAGCAAUGCUGUUCAUCAGGACAAAAAGACUAUAGAAGUCUAUGAAUUUUUCCUAUCACAUGUUUUGGCUUUCUCUUCUAACUUGGAUGAGCUGAACCCUGAGAUGUCCGAGUGGAGAGAAGAUAUCAGCAGAGUGGUGAAGCGCUCCAUAGUUCAGGCAACGGGAAUCAGUGAAAGUCAGCUCCUGGUCACAGUGCUUCCAGGUUUACCCACCUCAGCAGAGAUUUUCAUUGUACCCGAGAGCGGCUCAAGAGAGGAAGUCAUGGAGGGAAAGUGGGCACACCUAGAGCGGCUUUCUCAGGUCUUGCUAAGUGCUUUUAACCAGGACCUCAUCCAGUUCACGCUCAGACCAGGGGUGCAGGUGAAUGUGUACACCACACAUUUGUCUCCAGCCCCUCUUGUGGACAAAAACGACAGUAGCCACAAUGGCGCUGCAAUCAUCAUGCUCGUGUCAGUAGUGCUGAUUGGCCUGGCUGUCUUUGUGCUAUACAAGUUUAAAAGGAAGAUUCCUGGAAUCAAUACGUACACAGCAGAGCAGCCGGAGAAAGAACAAGAGGUGAUCCCGACAGUGACCUCUGUAUCCGUCCAAAACGCUGAGGGUGAUAUCAUGACCUCACUGGAGCAUGUGGAUGUAAAACUGGACUCGCAAACCAGAGACUACCUGCCAUCUCACUCAGACAUCAAGCACUCUGAUGAAGCGCCCCAUGUGUUUUAA